GGUCCUGCCUGAGGACUAGCCCCGAUGAGUGGCAUUUGCGCACAUCGCCCAGCAGCCUGUAUAAGAGAACUAACGGGAAAGCGAGGAGCACCAGGCAGCUCGGCCGGCCGAGGAGGACUGCAGGGGAACUGCACCGCGCGCGUCUCCCGCCGCUCGGCACCCCAGCCCGGCCGGCUCCCUGCAAAAGCGCGCGGGGGCGAAAGCGAGUCCCCGGCGCGCGGCAGCCCCCAAACUUUGCAGGGCGGCCCACGUGUUUGCAGCCUGACGCUCGCGAGUGGAGGAGCCGACGAGCCGCUCGCCUGACCUGCAGCCGAGGGAGCCGCCGGCGGGCUGCUGCGGGGACUGGGACGUCGCGGGCGGACGCUCUCCCGGGAGAUCGAAGGAGAUGCUAGAAGUUGCCGGCUCUUUGCAGCAUCUGCGCGGGGGCUCGGGAGGCGUGUGAGCGGCCGCCGCUGCGUCCUGCCUGUCACCUCGCCUCUGCCCGGGGUGGGGGGCAAGCCCAGUCCCCGACUGGACCCCUCCUGUUGCUGCCACUGCCACUGCCCGGAGCCGAGAGCUGAAGGAUGCAGUUUCGCCUCUUCUCCUUUGCCUUGAUCGUCCUCAACUGCCUGGAUUACAGCCACUGCCAAGGCAGCCGCUGGAGACGCAGCAAGAGAGCUAACUAUGGACCAAAUCCAAUUUGCAAAGGUUGUUUGUCUUGCUCAAAGGACAACGGAUGCAUCAGAUGUCAGCAUAAAUUGUUCUUCUUUCUCCGAAGAGAAGGAAUGAGGCAAUAUGGGGAGUGCUUGAAUUCCUGCCCGUCCGGGUACUACGGUCUCCGAGCCCCAGACAUGAACAGAUGUUCAAGAUGCAGAAUAGAGAACUGCGAUUCUUGCUUUAGUCGAGACUUUUGCACUAAGUGCAAGCCUGGGUUUUAUCUUUACCGAGGUCGUUGCUUUGGAGAAUGCCCUGAUGGCUUUGCCGCCUUAGAGGAGACUAUGGAAUGUGUGGAAGGCUGCGAAGUGGGCCCGUGGAGUGAAUGGGGAACUUGCAGCAGAAAUAACAAGACAUGUGGAUUUAAGUGGGGCUUAGAAACAAGAACGAGGCAAAUUGUGAAAAAGCCGGCAAAAGACACAAUACUGUGCCCAACCAUUGCAGAGUCUAGAAGAUGUAAAAUGGCCCUGAGGCACUGUCCAGGAGGAAAGAGAACACCAAAGACAAAGGACAAGAGGAAGAAGAAAAAGAAUUUAAUGGAAAGAGCACAGAAGCAGCACAGCCUCUUCUUAGCCACAGACCGAGCGAGUCAAUAGAGACUUUGUCACGUGUCUAUCCGUGUGGGAAUUUUUGUUUGUCCGUAUGUUGCAAAAUGCACAGAAGCUGCUAUCUGCUCCUGCACACAGAUGCACUGCAAUUUGGCUGCUUAGACAGUAUUGGUUGCAAAUAACUUGUGAAAGAAAAGUCCACAAGCUUGUUUGUGUGUGUUAUUUAUACUUUGGUUGUUUGUUGUUGUAUUUGUCACUCCCCAACACCUGGAGACUCCAGGGUCAGAAGAAGUCCACUGAGUUGAAUCAGUGGAUGUGUGUCAAAGGCAUUUUGUUUCCCUCUUGUUUUUGUUUUGUUCUAAUUCAUUGCCUGUAAGUCGGAGGCAGCCGAGUUCUUGGCACGGAAGUUUGCAGCGAGAUCUUAAGGCUGUGCAUUGCCACUGGGCAAUGGACUUGUGCAUAUUUAUAUAAGGAAAGGAAAUCGGGGAAUUAGCGUUGCAUUUAUGGCUUUGUUUUUCACCUUGUACAUUUCAAGAGUAAAUAACACUAAGCAGAUACUCAUAGAUAACGUCCUUUUGUCCUCCGCACCUGUUUUAUUGGAAAAGUUGUAUAGUCAAACUGUUCUCGACUGAUAUACCACAGAAGCUGCUGCUUAGUAUUUCAGGAGUGCAGCAGUUCCCAUGUGUACAUACCAUGCUGUCUACAUAUAAAUAAACCUA